AAGGCUCCGUGCGAUGGCAAUGUUGAGCAGUGUAGGGUUGAUCAUGAUCAUGUGACAGACAGCUUUGGGAGAGAACUGCUCUGAACACAGAAACAUCAGGCGCAACUAAAGGAGUUAACACUGCGCGAGAGACAGAGCCUACAAGUGAACACUGCCCUGCUUUAAAACCGUUAUUCAAGUGCUCUGAACGACGUCGACGGUCUGUGGAAAGUUCUGGGGAGAAACGUUUGGUGGCGAUAAAACGUUUUCUGUAGAAGAGGACAGACGCACAAAUCUCAGCGGGCAUGCGGCAGUUUUUGGAGUUAUUUGACGGCAAACACUCUACAAACAAAUAAGCACUUUCGCGUAGAUUCCUUUGGUUAACUGAGUCAUUAAGUUAGUUGUUGUUUUUGUAAAAACUGAUGAUUGGGGGUGAUGCAAAGUUUCAACAUUGCGUUUGAAAAGUAGCUACAUCGGGGCAGGACUUUGGAAUAAAACAGGGAAAACAUAGCAAACCCCUCCGUUUGCUUUUCUUUUUCUUUACUUUUUUAGGGGGUUGUCGUGUUUUUCCGAAUUUUAACGCCUUUUUGAAGGGUAUUAAACAUGGUUGGGGAAAUGGAAACGAAGGAGAAGCCUAAGCCGACUCCUGAUUAUCUGAUGCAGCUCAUGAACGACAAGAAAAUGAUGAGCAGCCUGCCAAACUUCUGUGGUAUCUUCAACCAUCUCGAGCGACUGUUAGAUGAAGAAAUUGGACGGGUACGGAAGGACAUGUACAAUGACACUCUGAACGGCAGCACAGAUAAAAGGACUUCCGAGCUCCCGGAUGCUGUGGGGCCCAUUGCACAACUCCAAGAGAAACUCUACGUGCCUGUCAAAGAAUAUCCAGAUUUCAAUUUUGUGGGAAGAAUCCUGGGUCCCCGAGGUCUGACAGCCAAACAACUGGAGGCAGAGACGGGCUGCAAGAUCAUGGUGCGAGGCAAAGGCUCCAUGAGAGACAAGAAGAAGGAAGAGCAAAACAGAGGAAAGCCCAACUGGGAACACCUGAACGAAGACCUGCAUGUCCUCAUCACUGUGGAAGACUCUCAGAACCGUGCUGAGAUCAAACUCAAGAGAGCCGUGGAGGAGGUCAAGAAACUCCUAGUCCCUGCGGCCGAAGGUGAAGACAGCUUGAAAAAGAUGCAGCUGAUGGAGCUGGCCAUUCUCAACGGCACUUACAGAGACGCCAAUAUCAAGUCACCCUUAGCCUUCUCCCUGGCCGCCACAGCACAAGCUCCCCGCAUCAUCACCGGACAUUCCCCGGUGAUGCCCACUGCGGCACUGCGAACACCUGCACCCGCCGCACCCACCCUCAUGCCCCUCAUCCGGCAGAUCCAGACCUCUGCCAUCAUGCCCACGGGCACGCCCCAUCCUGCCCUCGUACCCCAGACCCCUGAGUCAGGCAUCAUCUAUGCACCCUACGAUUACCCCUACACCCUCGCCCCAACCUCCAUUCUUGAAUAUCCUAUUGACUCAAGUGGUGUUUUAGGUAUGGCUUUCCAGACAAAAGGCUAGUAAUGCUCAGGGGUUUAACACAGUCCUCAGCCCAAACGUGUUUUAAAAAUGCUUUGCUUUUCAGCUGCCUUGGAACAAAAAAAACAGACAAAAGAGCAAACGAAGAAACUGAUUUUAAUAAGAAACAAAAGACUAAAGAUCAUUACUACUCAUGUUUACACUGGUCUUAACUGUUUUGUUGACUUAUUCAUAGAUUAAAAAUGUAUAUUUUCAGAUAAAUAAUGAAAAGUAAGCCUGAUUACAUUCCUUUGUUUGAAAAGUAAUCUAUAUUUGUUUAGUAAUCUAUAUUUGUUUUUCAUGCAACUGUAUCUUAGAUAUUUAGACAGCGAUCAGUAUUAUUGCUAAUAUAACAUGCUUGUGAAAAACUUUCUCCAUGAAAUAGCCUAUGAAUAGUGAAUUCAUACUAUCUGAGGCAUCUAAUGUGCUGAAAGGAAUACAAGGGCUCUGUAGUCAUUGUAAAAAAAUAGUCAAGAGCAUUAAAAAACACCAUUUGUGUGUGUGUAUUAAAAUGCAACACAAUUUACUGGGAAAUUGAGAAAGGGCAAUAACAUAUGAUGUGAUUUCACUAUAACAGGGCCCUGGAGAAAAGGUGUGCCUUGUAAUUUGGUCUUACAAGCCUCGUUUGUGAAACAAUGUUGUGUGAAGUGUAGUUUUAAUGUAUUUUGAUGAAUAAUCUGGUAAUUCUUGUUUUGUUGGCAAUGUUGCGCUCUGAGCAGGUGCAGUGACUACUAAAGUACGAAGGCAGGAUAUGCGCGUCCAUCCUUACCAAAGGGUAGUGACCGCAGAACGAGGUUAGUUUAGCUCCAGUGUUCAAACUGUGCUCUGUAUAUAUGUGUGUGUGUGUGUGUGUGUGAGCUUCUUCAGUAUGCUGAAUACACUUUCGUUUUCAUUGCAUCUCACUCAGUGAAAACAGAGGGAUUGUUUUAGUCACUUCUAACCUGCCAAACAAAAAGCAUCAUUUGAGCUUUCAGUGUUGCUGUUAUCAGGUAUAGUACAUGCCAGUCAUACUGUGCAGGGUUCAUUUACUCACUAAACCUGCCAACCUAGAAAUGCAUUGAAACUGUAGGUGUUAUCAGCAUACUUGUAUUAUAUUUAGAGCAUGUUCUUGGGGUCACUGAAGCAAAGGUUAAAAAAAAUUAGAAUACCGUUACAAAAGAAAAUUCGAAAUGAUUUACAGGAGGUUACAACAUCCUGUGAUGACAGACAACAUUGCAAAUUCUGAGACUGAAGCUCUGUUCCAGAAUCUAGUGAGCUGCCUUCUAAGACGGCAUCCUAACUGCCAUGGAACCUUGUUAAUGUACAAUUUCAUAACCAACACAAAACAUCAGUGGCAUUCCACACAGGAGACUCACCUUGAUUUCAAGUUUGAGGUUAGCGUGUUGCAAGUGUACAAUUCCUUUAUCAGUAUUUGUCAGUAAUGACAUGAAUGCAACAUCACAAUGCAUUUUGAAAUAGCCUUUUCUGUGAAGGAUGCAUACUAUAUGCUACCUUAGACUAAACUGAGGUAAAACAAGCCUUCAUAUUGGAAGGUGCCUAAAAACACUGCCUCUGUAGGAAACCCACCAGGUUUUGGAAUUGACCGUUAGUUUGAUCUGAUAACUUCAGCACUUAAAUGCGUUGUAUAUUGAGACAAACAUGACCUGAAGCUUUGGAGCAAAAUUGACUGUCCACUGUGCUACAUUACACUGAUGACGUUGUGGUGGCCUUCAGGCUCCUAGUCAAUGAAGGGUAAUGGAGCUCACCUGUUCGUUUGCUUCUGUUUAUUCCUUCAUUUGUCAUUCCUUUGAUAUCCUUUCUCAGUUUUUGUGUAUUUUCAGAUAAUUUUGUGUCGCUUAAGUACAUAAGUGUCCCAUUUAAAUCUACUCUCCCAUUCUGAUCCAUUGAAACAUUGUUUCGGCAGCUUUCAAAGUUUUUACUUUCUGAAUAAUAGAACUCUAUUUUAAUCGGUCUCAUCUGAUAUAAUAAAACAAUCGUCUUAUUUAUGGUUCAGCCUGGCCAGACCAGCAUACAUAAAGUUGAGAAGGUGGUGCAAUGCUGGUUAUCCCCAAUUUAUGAUACAGAUGCAUACUUAAACAUAUGAAUUGUAAUACUGUUUUAUUUCAGGCCUGUUAUAAGCUGUAACUCAUUACAGAAGAUACUUUGACUUCUGCAAAUCCAGAUUUUUUUGUUCAUAAUCUUGAGUGCGUGUACUGUUUGGAAUCUUUUUCUCAUUUGACAUAUUUUAUUUAUACCAUUUUACUGCAAUUUUUAUGUGUAGAUCAGUUGUCGUUUAAGUUAAAAGUUAUCAUUUUUGGCCAGGGUCAUUGAGCAUAUUCAUCUCAAAAUCUUUCAAAUGCCUUAAAUGGAAAUAAACUGGAUCUAAGGGAAUUACAGUGCCUGCUUCUAAAGUCCGCUGUAAUGAAACCGAUUUAAACUCAUAUUACAAACUCGUGGAUGUGCCAAAACUGUACAUAUAAUAACUAUGACUCCUGAAAAAACGUGAGAAUCUACUGAUCAAUGUAAGUGAAUUUCACACCCAUAAGACUUUAACAUGUCAUCAUUUAAUAGACCAAUACAACUGACCAGUUUAAUGCAUAACAAUUGUGAAAUUGCACAAAAAGUCCAAUCUGUCUCGUGUGGCUUACUGCCCACAGCCUCAGAAAGAUCUCUGAGAAUUUGUUAAGAUUCCUCAGCUUGGAAAACAGCCUUGAAUCAAAGGCAUUGGAUGAAAUAUUCCAAGCACCCGGCUUGGACAGUGUCACACAAGACAGGCUAGACAAUUAUGAAGGUUAGGACUUGUUUGAGAGUGUAAGUCGUCAUAUGCACAGCCCUUUGAAAAUAGUUUCUUAUGCUCGGUGCAUAAUCCGAGCAUUAUAAUGUGCUUAUGAUCCCUUGAACUCCCCAUCCAAGAAAUUCCUCAUCAUAAAAAUAUGGCACAAGUAUUUUGCACUGAAGAUUUUAAAUCACCAGCUCCUAGUCUGCGAUACUCAGACAGAGCAAAGUGAAACAAGAAAAAAACUAAACGGCAAAACCUCAUGAGAUGUUAGGAUGUUUAUCAAAGCAGGACGGUCACACACUGUUUCCGCCUGUUAGCACAAGAACAACAGCUGAACUGAAGAAAUAUUUCCAUUUUUGGUUGGUUUGUUUCUUGUUUGUUGGUUUGCAGUAAGCUUCUUUUGAAUUUUGUGUCAAAUGUAUGGAAAAGAACAGUUAUCGUCUGUGAUCUUUUUAAGAUGAGUUUAUGAAAGCAAUAUGUUGAACUAUAAAACAAGAACAUUUAUGAAAUUCUAUUGUAUUUGUAAAUGAAUAGGGAAUUUAUACUAAUGCACAUUAGUGAUCCAUGUCAUGUUGUUUCUUUAUUUUAUUUUUUCCAUAAGGGGUACAUUUUGUUUUUAGGAUGUCGUAUUUAUGACCGUCUUGCUACACUGUUAUAGGUUUGCGAAAACAAGUAGAUUUGUCUUUCUAAUUGUUUUCUUGUGUUGUUGUAGCCCUAAAUUUCAGCCUGAUAUGCUUUCGGAUCAUUCUUGUUGGAUUAGCGUUCUGUAUUUUUGCAAAUAGUCCAAUUUUAAAGGCAAUAAAAGUUGAGUUAAAAAACCCA